UAUCUAAAGCGCGCUCACAGCUGAAAUAUUGGGGCCACAUGCAUCGGCAAAAGACGAGAACGCGCGCCCUGUGUCUUCUCUGCUUCCUUCUCGGAUACUGUCGUUUCCUGCAUUCCAGUUGAUUGGGAAGGGGGGCCGGGACGACCACUGAGUAGCGAAAUUCUAGGAUAAGAUGGAGGUUUGCGAGAGACUUUUGUGUCUGGCUGUGGUGUCCAGCGUUUUCUGCGUUGGCUCGGUUCUGGGGAAAUACGUGAGAGGUAUCGUCAACACCAAGGAGGACUGGUUGUUCCUCACUCGCUUCUGUUUUCUAACUGAUUUUGGCCGUCUGGACUUCCGGUUCCGCUACCAAAAGUCGCGAUGCUGUCAGAAUAUAUUGCUCUACUUUGAUGACAGCUCUCAGUGGCCAGCUGUGUACAAGAAGCCGGACAAGGACUGCUACCAGAAGGAGGCGGUGUUGAGACCAGAGAAUAACCAGGUUAUCAACCUGACCACGCGCUACACCUGGUCUGGCUGUGUGGUGGAAGGAGAGGGAGAUGAGGAGGUGCUGAGUUGUGUGGGAGGUCGUAGCUUCCGCUCGGUGAGGGAGAGAUGGUGGUACAUCGCUCUCAGCAAGUGUGGGGGGGAAGGUUUGCAUCUGGAGUAUGAGAUGAAGCUGACCAAUGGCCAGUCUUUCUGGACACAACAUUUCUCUGCAGACGAGUUUGGGAUCCUGGAAACUGACAUCACGUUCCUGGUUAUCUUCUCCCUGGUCUUCAUCCUCUCAUGUUAUUUUGCCUAUAAUCUGAAGGGAAGGCAGCUUCUCCAUACGACAUAUAAGAUGUUUAUGACUGCGGCUGGUGUAGAGGUUGUCAGCCUUCUGUUCCACUGUAUCUACUGGGGCCUGUAUGCCAGAGAUGGAGUGGGCAACGGCAGUCUCAAGAUAAUGGGGAAAUUACUGUUCUCUGUCAGUUUCCUGGUGUUCCUGCUGAUGCUGAUCCUGCUGGGAAAAGGCUUCACUGUCACCAGGGCGAGGAUCAGCCACAGUGGCUCUGUCAAGCUGUCCAUCUACAUGACAGUCUACACCGUCACCUAUAUCAUCCUCUUCAUAUACGAGGCAGAGUUCUUUGACCCGGGUGAGGUGCUGUAUGCAUAUGACAGCCCGGCAGGCUACGGUCUGAUGGGUCUCCAGCUGCUGGCCUACGUGUGGUUCUGCUACGCCGUCCUGAUCUCCCUCAAACACUACCCUGAGAAACAAUCCUUCUACAUCCCCUUCUUCACGGCAUACACACUCUGGUUUUUCGCUGUGCCCGUCAUGGCUCUGAUAGCUAACUUUGGCAUCCCUCGCUGGGCACGGGAGAAGAUCGUCAACGGCAUCCAACUGGGAAUCCACCUCUAUGCUCACAUCGUAUUCCUCGCUAUCACGCGGCCCUCUGCAGCCAAUAAGAACUUCCCGUACCACGUGCGGACCUCUCAGAUCGGGAUCCUACUGUCUAGUCCGAAGGCGGGUGUGGCGAGUGAGAGUUUCCCCCACCAUGCCUAUGGGAACAGCUCCUUCCUGGGCGACUCCCAGCCCAACUUCACAGAACUCUUCUCCAUCCAGUCGGGCCCAGUGAAGACGGUGGAGGAGACGGUGGGCCGGAAGGGACAGGAAGUGCAGAGGAACAGUGAGCAUAAGAUCAUCACCACCACGGCUGACCUGUCGUCACCCACCUCCCCCCAACCUCCCCCCAUGCUCCCCCGCCUCUCUGCCCACUCCCCCCCUCCCCCUCCACGACUCCCCUCCCACUUUACCGAGUACUUCAGCAUGCAGGGGGGAGGGGGCGUGGGCACCAAGGCAUGAGACAGACAGACAGAGAGAAAGAGGGCCACAGAGAGAAGGAGAAAGAUCGAGAGGGAGGUGGAGGAAGAUCAGGUAGCACAGAAAACAGGUCAAGCUAUGUAUAGCCAUGAGGGAAGGAUGGAGGGAUAUGAGGAGGAAGAGAAGGGGAAGUCAUCAUAAGCAGACAUGUGGAAUAGAAGUUUGAAACGUCCCAUUUUCACCUCUAAAUAGAGAGAAUGGGAAAUGGCUGUGAGUUAAAGUGCUGAGUUUGUGAAAGAAAAAAGAAGCAAUAAAUAUUUGAACAUGAGCAGAGAGAGAGGCACCGGGAGGGAGAGAUGACAGAGUGGAUGUAGCCUGACCAAUAGAAUGAUAUGAGCGCACAGUUGAGACUGAACAAAACUCCUAUGAACACUUUUAUUCAAUCAUUUAUAAGGCAUCAAUGGAGGGGCUGAGGGAAACGUGUAAAUAGCUGAAGAGAAUGAGUUACCAUUACUCUAAAAUAGUUGCAGAGUUUAUAUUACAAAGGGGAGGUUUUUUUCCCCACAUUGUCAAAUUCCAAGUGGUGCUGUGACCAUUGCAGUUCUCAUGCCAUUACAUUGUACAAGAGUAAAAUGUUCACUCAUAUCCUGAAACAAUACAUUCAUGUUUUUUUCUUCAUGUUUGACAGAUGUUGUUAACACACAAUAUUGAAUUUCUCCAUAUAUAUUAUGUUGGGAUGAUUUAUAUUCUUCGAUAUGCUGAUUGCUCCAGGCUAUAGGAUUGAUAUACCGAUGUUUAAGUGUACAAUGUUCGGUUUACUGUGGACCCCUGAGGUACAGCUAAAACAAGCAUGUCUCUAAACUGAUUAUACUCCAUGUGCUCAUACAGUGCGCGUGCCUGUUGUACUACUAUUCAAUAACUGUGUAUAUUUCAUAAAGGCUACCGAGGUGUUAAUGCCACUUCUUCUAUUGGAACCUUCUGGAACCUUCUGUCAUACUGUCCACAGACAACUGUUUUAUCUCCGAAUACUACUGUUCAGUUCUCACUGGAGUGCAAGAUAUAUUAGCUUGCUCUGAAUGUAAUUCCUUGAUGUAUGUAGACCUUGGUGAAUGUAUUAAUGCAAUAGAGCACAGGGAAAGGGGUGGUUUUAAAGUCACAUUUUAUACUUUUUUGUCUUUUACAUAGAAAUCAUACUUAUAGCUUGUUUUACUUUCAAUUUCAGCCUCCAUCCUUGACACAUGAUUUAAGGAGGGAAAGUUGUCCAGCGAGGAUAUGAACUAACUUCACAAUCAUCCCCCCCCCCCUCCUACUAGUAUGUAAUGAUGUCAUGUCAACUGUGUGAGGGGCUCAUUGUUGUUUAUCCAUAAGUAGGAACAGUAGUUCUUCCUGACCAUGAAAAGUCCUGGGCCCAUAAACACCUAAAGCAAACCUUUUAGAGUAACUGUGAAAGUAGUAGCACCAACGUCCUGUUUGUCCUGCAUGAAGCACUUUAAUGUUCCCCUUCUCUUAGUUUUCUGUUCCGCCAUUUAUUUCAAAGUGACUUUGAAUAGCGCUUUUAUCUGGAUCAUACGUAUCCACACACUACAUCCAAUGAUAUUCUGCUAUCAAAUAUACAAAUGUUACCUGUAGAUAUGUUCAUAUUAAUCAAUGUUAUCAAGUGUCAUUAUCAGACAUAUAAAAAUGUACAUGUAUCUUAAUAACAUUAAGUUGAUUAAAUAUCCUAAUGAUAUCAAUGUAAGGGGGGAGGGUGUAAUUCAUAAGACAGUGUCAAGGCCAAUUUACCACCUGUUUCUUCUAAGAAAUGGAAGUAAUGGAAGUAAUCAACUACAUUUUUUUGUAUAACUUGUUAAUAUCUCAGUAUGAAACGUGCAACUCUCUUUAAUAUUUUUUUAAUCCAAUCUGUAAAAAAAAAAGGUGUGGGGGAAAAAAUGGUGGUUAAUUGACUGUUUCUAAUGGUUGAAUUAAUAGCCCUUUAUUGUCUUUCUGUAGUAUGUCUGGAGUAGGCUUGGUUUGGUCAGACUGGUACAGCACAUGUUAUGUACAUGAGGACACACAGUCAAAGGUAUAAUGUAGUCUGUAAAAAAUGACACUUGAAUUAGAUUGUUCUGGUGUUCUAAAGGUUUUGUCUCUGUAGGCGUAUACAGUGGAAGUGGGAAGUUUACAUACACUUAGGUUGGAGUCAUUAAAACUCAUUUUUCAACCACACCACAAAAUUCUUGUUAACAAACUAUAGUUUUGGCAAGUCGGUUAGGACAUCUACUUAGUGCAUGACACAAGUCAUUUUUUCAACAAUUGUUUACAGAUUAUUUCACUUAUAAUUCACUGUAUAACAAUUCCAGUGGGUCAGAUGUUACAUACACUAAGUUGACUGUGCCACUAAACAGCUUGGAAAAUUCCUGAAAAUGAUGUCAUGGCUUUAGAAGCUUCUGAUAGGCUAAUUGACAUCAUUUGAGUCAAUUGGAGGUGUACUUGUGGAUGUAUUUCAAGGCCUACCUUCAAACUCCGUGCCUCUUUGCUUGACAUCAUGGGAAAAUCAAAAGAAAACAGCCAAGACCUCAGAAACAGAAAUUGUAGACCUCCACAAGUCUGGUUCAUCCUUGGGAGCAAUUUCCAAAUGUCUGAAGGUACCACGUUCAUCUGUACAAACAACAGUUCGCAAGUAUAAACACCAUGGGACAACGCUGACGUCAUACCGCUCAGGAAGGAGACGCAUUCUGUCUCCUAGAGAUGAACGUACUUUGGUGAGAAAAGUACAAAUCAAUCCCAGAACAACAGCAAAGGAUCUUUUGACGAUGCUGGAGGAAACAUGGAACAAAAGUAUCUAUAUCCACAGUAAAACGACAUAACCUGAUAGGACGCACAGCAAGGAAGAAGCCACUGCUCCAAAACCUCCAUAAAAAAGACAGACUACGGUUUGCAACUGCACAUUGGGACAAAGAUCAUACUGUUCUGAGAAAUGUCCUCUGGUCUGAUGAAACAAAAAUAGAACAGUUUGGCCAUAAUGACCAUCGUUAUGUUUGGAGCAAAAAGGGGGAGGCUUGCAAGCCAAAGAACACCAUCCCAACCGUGAAGCACGGGGGUGGCAGGCAUCAUGUUGUGGGGGUGCUUUGCUGCAGGAGGGACUGGUGCACCUCACAAAAUAAAUGGCAUCAUGAUUACGGAAAGUGAUGUGGAUAUACUGUAGCAACAUCUCAAGACAUCAGUCAGGAAGUUAAAGCUUGGUCGCAAAUGGGUCUUCCAAAUUGACAAUGACCCCAAGCAUUCUUCCAAAGUUGUGGCAAAAAGGACAACGAAGUUAUUGGAGUGGCCAUCACAAAGCCCUGACCUCAAUCCUAUAGAAAAUUUGUGGGCAGAACUGAAAAAGCGUGUGCGAGCAAGGAGGCCUACAAACCUGACUCAGUUACACCAGCUCUGCCAUGAGGAAUAGGCCAUAAUUCACCCAAUUUAUUGUGGGAAGCUUGUGGAAGGCUACCCGAAACGUUUGACCCAAUUUAAAGGCAAUGCUACCAAAUACUAAUUGAGUGUAUGUAUACUUCUGACCCACUGGGAAUGUGAUGAAAGAAAGAAAAACUGAAAUAAAUCAUUCUCUACUAUUAUUCGGACAUUUCACAUUCUUAAAAUAAAGUGUUGAUCCUAACUGGCCCAAGACAGGGAAUUUUUACUAGGAUUAAAUGUCAGGAAUUGUGAAAAACUGAGUAUAAAUGUAUUUGGCUAAGGUGUAUCUUAACUUCUGACUUCAACUCUAUGUCUAUUGCCUUUACAGUCCACUUGUCCAUGGUUACGGAUGCCAUUACUUGACUGAAUAGAUUUAUAGACAGGCAGGUUCCAUUCAUCCUGUACAACAAGCUGCAUGAUCAACUUAUCUAUGGUAUUUUGUCUAUUAUACACAGACACAAGUGGAAGAGCAAAGGGAGAGAAGAGGGUUUUAUAUGCAUGACAGACAACAGCACAGCUUCCUGGGUAUUUUGAGAGGUCUGGUUAAGAGCACAUUACUGAAGCACUGUUCGGAAUGAAUGCAUUUUAAUGGUGUCAAAUUAGGAUAUUCUGAAUAUGCUGUACAUACACUUUUUGCCAAAUUAAAAUGGUUGGUUUUAUUAGA